GACAAAAAUACCCUUUAGUAAAUUAUGAUUAAGAAACUUACUAUAUAUUUAAAGAGGGGUUUGUUUCACUUUAAUCCCUUUCAAAUUAUUUUAUGGGUCAAACGUCAAAGGGUAAUAAUGUAAAUGUAAUGUAGAGAGUGUGUAUGUUUGUGUAGUUGGGUAGAGUUUGGGUUCAAGUCUUCAAGAAGAACCAGUCUCCCACCUCCUUCUUCGUUUGAUUUUUUCGCUUCUAUACAACUAUACCUGUUGACGUAUUUUUCAAUCCAGAAUCCAGAAGCUGGUGUGCUUGGAACUUGGAAUUUUCCCUUUUGCUUUCUUAGUAUUUAACUUACAAUCCACUCUCCAGGAUCCAGAAUUUAGAUUCCACGGAAAGAGAGAGAGAGUGAGAGAAACGGGAAAACUGAAAUGGGAGACGAAGUGGUAUUGUUUGUGGAGGAAUCAAUCUCUUCUUCUUCAAUUGCAGAGUGUAGAAUCUGCCAUGACGAUGAAGUUGGAAGCGCUAAUCGAUUGGAAGCUCCUUGUGCUUGUUCUGGAACUGUUAAGUUUGCACAUCGAGAAUGCGUACAGAGAUGGUGCAACGAGAAGGGUGACACGACUUGUGAAAUCUGUCUCCAGAAGUUCGAACCAGAUUACACGGCACCGCCCAAAAAGGCUGAACAGGUCGAUGUAGUGAUGACUAUCAGAGGGAGCUUGGAGGUUCCAAAUCUACUACGGAGGCAAGAGCAGGAGCUUCAGCAUCCCGGAUUAAUGGCGAUUGUCGCCGCCGAACCAGAAUUCUCCGAGUGUUCUUCCGCCGCUGAGAGAAGCGCGUCUUGCCGUCGUUUUGUGGUCCUCACGCUUGGAACACUCUUGCUUUUGAGACACCUCCUUGCAUUGGUUGCUGGUGAAACAGACCACCAUGAAUUCCCAGUUCUAACAAUACUUGUUCUAAGGGCUGGUGGUAUCAUUGUUCCUCUAUAUAUAAUAAUGCAAAUAAUUACCGCAAUUCAAAGGAUGCAACAAAGGCAGUAUCAGGAGUUUGAUGACACUUCACCCCUCCAAGUAGAUGAAGAUGAUGACACUGACGAAGAUGAACACUUAAACCAUACUGUCCAUACCCAAAUGUACUCGUCAAUCAUGAUUGUUUAGACCAAUGUAUUAUUUAUUUUUAUAUCAUGAGCAUUCUUUUUAGUGCUCUUUUGUACC